AUGCCGUACGGUGAAGGACAGACGUUGGAUAACAUGCUUGGAUCAUUGUUUAUUGGGUCGGUGUUGGCAGCAGUGCUGUACGGAGUGACCAGCCUGCAAUCCUACUGGUACUAUCAUUGGUUCUACAAGCGGGACUCCACGGUGCAUCGGGUAGCGGUUGGUGUGCUAUGGACACUCGAUACCUUCCACCUAUUCCUCAUUGCCCACGGUGUAUACCAUUACUGCGUAACGGGAUUCUCAAACCCGACGACACUGAAUGAGAUUGUCUGGUCCAUGAAGCUUCAAAUCGUGAUCAACGUGGUCAUCAUCCUUCUGGUGCAGGGAUUGUAUACAUACCGAGUGUGGCUCCUUGGCGGGUACCACAAUGCUCUUCUGGCCUACGUCGUGAUUGCGACCGUUGCAGGCGCCUUUGGGAUUGGCAUGGUCCUCGCACACCAAGUUUAUACGUUGAAAGACAUAGCCGACCAUCAGAAGAUCGGUUGGGCGAUCAUCUCGUCUCUCGCAACGGCUACCAUUGUCGAUUUUAUCAUCGCCGGUGCGAUGGUAUACUACCUUCAACGGAGUCGAGGGCUGCAAUCACGGAUGAACUCCAAGAUCGCGACCAUGAUGCAAUUCGUUCUGGGAUCUGGCUUUCUUACCAGUGCAUGCUCUACAUCAGCAUUGAUCGCCUAUGUUGUCAUGCCAAAAACGCUUGUAUUCAUGGGCAUCGAGUCACUCCUUACGAAACUAUAUAUCAAUUCAUUCCUUGCUAUGCUAAAUGCUCGUGAACGAGUUCACCAAGAACCGGACUCUCGCUUGUCCGUUCGCAUUACCACAAGCCUGUCUAAACCUAACGCGAGUGAUCCACCAAGCGGUCUGAGUGCUGCUUCGUCGGACAACUCCCUUGCUACUGAUCGCCGAUUCACCUCAGAACCGAAGCAUAUCGUUUAA